UCGAGGGUUGGCCUCCGAGAUGCUUCGUCUCCUCCACCUCCUUUCCUUUGGGUCCCCUCAUCAAUUCCAGUCCACUAGCACAGCUCGUCUUGUCCCAUCGGCCGCUUGCAGGUUUCACCUGCUUCGCCAAGAAGACUCUGCGCCUGCUCAUCGCCUUCUUCUUCCCCGUCGUCUUCCAGCCAAGACAAGAUUCGAGCCGUCCGUGGUGACCGAUCGUCAGUCCAGAGACGCCGCCGGGAACGGAACACCGUCGCGACGCCGGGAACGGAACACCGUCGCGCCGCCUCCAGACUAGCAUUCAACAUGCCGAACAGCAGCGGCGUGACCGUGUUCGACGACCUGCCCGAGUGGCUUGUCGUUGACGAGAUCCUUGUCCGGCUGCCGGCCAAGGAUGUACUUCGGUGCCGUGCCGUCCGCCAGUCGUGGCGCAGCGGCACUUCCACCAACGCGUUCAUCCUCAACCACCACCACCGCCAGCCCUCGCUCCCCAUCAUCAAAAACAUAGAGGGCAUCUACCGCCAUGCCGGAUCCCCUAGUGAUCAAAAGAUACAGCGUGUCCUCCGGAACGCAGAUCCCUUUAAAAACGAGAUGACUCUAUGCCAUGCCGCUUGUGAUGGCCUCCUCAUCCUGGAGAAGCAAUCCAAUUUCUACAUCUGCAACCCUACCACCCGCAAGUGUGCUUCCCUGCCACAUCCUCCACGACGGCCAGGCUUCAGCGCCGUCGGCGUAGUCGGCUUCUACCGGCUCCACACAUCUGGAGAACACCGGGUUCUCUGGGCGUCAUACUUGAACCAAAUGCCGUACUUGGUACUCAUUGGGGCUGCCGUCCCAACUGAGUUGCCUGAUUACUUCAUACUCACAGUUGGAUCGGACCAGCCAAGAUGCAUCCAAUGGCCGACAAUUUGAAAAUAUGGGUUUCCUACCCUGUCCUUCAAUACUCCACCAGUCCACAAUCGUGCUCGCCUGCACUGGGCAACAUGGGCAACAGGCCUCAACAUAACGGUAUUUGACACCGUAGCCGAGACAUUCUGGCAGAUGAGCCGCCCAGCACAGUUGGGUGAGAAGGUGACAUUGUUGGAUAUGUGCGGCUCCCUUGCCUUGUGCUGCACCACCAAUGACUGUCAAUUUAGAUGUUUGGGUGUUGCAGGACUAUGAUGCUGAAACCUGGGGCUUUCAGUACCGGUUUAACUUGUCAGCAAUGGAGGCAUUGCCACCGUUUAAGUUUGACCUCAAUGCUCUCCCUAGGACGGCUGUGAUCAAUGAGCGUGAGCUGUUGAUCGAGCAGUGUGUUGGCCGUCUGUUGCAUUGUGACAUUGAUGGUGUGUUUUUAGGAUAUGUGCGAGCCAAGGAGCCUGGGAACCACUUUAUGCUAACUAUGCAGCGCCUCCAAGAGAGCAUGAUUUCAGUCCCAUUGUUUGAGGCGCAGGAAGAAGAUGCUGUGAACAAGGAGUCUCCAUUCGUCAUGGUGCUAUAAGAUGCCAGGCUCCAUCUUAAUGAUUUCGACUAGCUGUUUGUUGUGCCCUUGGGAGUAUCUAUCCUGUAUGAACCUUGCUUUCUGUUCUGUCUUCUUACUUUUUUAGUACUAGUAGAACCGAACACUUUGUAUGUCUGAAGUAGCGCCUCAUCACUUGGUGCUUGUUAUGCUAUCUUGAGCGUCAUGUUGAUGUUGUAAAAAAUGGUGUGUCUAUGCUAUUGCUAUGUAGAACUGCUAUAAUGUUCAUGUUCACCCCUGUUGACUUUCA